GAAAGAAAAGGAGGCGAAGCAAAAUCGUCCCCAGUCAUCGUCAGCAGCUCCGACGUCAGCGAUGGAGACGGAUCAGAGCGAGGGCUUCUCCGUUCUCGUCCUCGCCUCCGCCGCUCUCUCCUCUCCCCCUCAGACCGCAGGGUGGCCGGCGACGGCGACGAGCAGUGGUUCGACUGCCAAGACGAGGACUUCUCCGACCUAGAACUCCUCCUGUUCCUCCGCGUCCAAGGCUCCGACAAGCACGGCAACCGCGUGCUCCGCAUCGUCGGAAAGUACUUUCCAGCUACAAUCAUUGGUGGAGAACGCUUGAAGAGAUAUGUGUUUCACAAGCUAAGCACAGAAUUGGCGGAAGGUCCAUUUUGCAUUCUGUACAUGCAUAGUACAGUAAAUUCAGAGGACAACAACCCUGGGAUGUCCAUCCUGAGGUGGAUAUAUGAAGAACUCCCAUCUGAAUACAAGGAAAGGCUCCAAGUUGUCUACUUUUUGCACCCUGGGCUUCGAUCGAGGCUGGCUGUUGCAACACUUGGCCGUCUCUUCCUAAGUGGAAGUUUAUAUUGGAAGAUCAAGUACAUUAGCCGGCUACAAUAUCUGUCGGAUGACAUCAAGAAAGGAGAAGUCGAGAUCCCAGAGUUUAUCCAGCGUCACGACCAGGUUCUUGAAGAAAGACCACUAACAGAUUAUGGAAUAGAGCCAGAUCCGCUACGCCUCACUGGGGUUUCGGCUGUAGAUUACUCAUUUGGAAGGUAUGAAGAUAAAUGGGCUGCAUCUACUCGAGAAUACAUGUGACAUUAUGAUGCACAAGAGAUCACCAUGUAACCAAUAAAAUAUAGCAUAUUCUAUGAUCACAAGUGAAGCUUACCUUGAAACUGCAUUUAUAUAUCGGUUAUCGUAGUACUGGAAGUCUAAUAUUGGCGUAAUAUUACCAUGCAUGUAAUCAGGGGCUUCAUUUCACGUAUGGUAUCUUCAUGUGUGAUACCUGUUCUGUGUGUAUCAACCACUGUUUAUGCUUGAUAAUGUUGAGAAUGACCCCUCCGUCAAGAUGGAAGGCAAGAUAAUCUGAUUUUCUUCUCAUAUAUAUCUGAGAUUUGUUAAA